AUGCUUGAGGAGAUUGAGACCUAUGCUGACACUUUAAGGAGCAGCUCUACCGUACCGCCCAGGCACUCGGCAACAUUUCGUACCGCACAGUCACAUAUGGUGAUGCCCAAAUCUUCAAGCGCCAACAUGAGAUCAGCAAUGACCUGCCCACGAUGCGCCGAGCAACAUCGUAUAUCAAGAUGCCCUCAAUUUCGAGCAUUAAGUCUGGUUCAACGUUUGUACUGGGUACGCCAAGCAACGUUAUGCUUCAACUGCUUGGGACCAGGUCACUCGGCCCGUGAGUGUAACUCGUUGAAUUGCAACAACUGUAAGCAGAAACACAGCACCUUGCUUUGUAAGGAAGCUCCGCAAGGCGAGCGGUUACCUACAAACACCAGCUCAGUAGCGCGACCAGUGUCCGUACUCGAGCAACAAUCGCCAUCAACCAGCGCUACUGCGCCUCAGGUCCUGCCCCGUCUGGAUGCUGUCAAGUCUCUCCUGGCGCAAUCCGAAGGAAUCGUCCUACUAGCCACUGCCAAGGCGCCCAUCGUAAAUGGGUGUGGAGGGGAAGUAUCGUGUCGUCUCUUGUGUGACAUGGGUUCACAGAGGGCAACUUCUUCGCGCGGACAGACGACUCUGGUGAUGCGGUCAUAUCACGAUGUAGAAUUUGAGUGCCGUUUUGAUGCGCACAUUUUGCCUAGUAUAACUUCGACGAUUCCCGCAUGUCCAAUUGACACGAGCGGGUACAAACACUUACACAACAUACCACUGGCUGAUCCGACAUUUCACACGCCAGGAAGCAUCGAUGUACUCAUUGGAGCGGACAUCAUGGGCAUGCUUCUCCUGGGUGAAACUAUCACUGGUGGGCCUAAGCAACCGUGCGCUGUCCAUACGCGUCUCGGUUGGGUCAUAUGCGGCCAUACAUCGCCACGCUGUGCGUCACUCCCCGCCUUGGGCACACCGACCGAAUGUGCUACCGAGGAGAAGCGACUCGAUAAGAUUCUUCAACGCUUCUGGGAACUGGAGGAGGUUCCUCGCCCGAAAACGACCGAUGACAUUUGCGAAGAGAUUUUCCAACGAACCGUAUCGCGCAAGAGCAAUGGCCGAUACAUAGUGCAGAUCCCAUUUUCUCCGGAUGCGCCUGCACUCGGUGAUUCCUACGGCAAGGCGCUGGGCCACUUUUUCAACCUUGAGAGGCGUCUGAGGGGUGAUGAUGACUUGCGCCAGAAGUAUGUUCAGUUUAUGCGCGAGUACGAGACGCUCGGCCACAUGGAGAAGAUCACGCUACAACGAGAUGAUCCAUCCCACGCCUACUUUAUACCGCACCAUGC